GUGGACGUGGACGUGGACGAGGACCUGGACGUGGACGUGGACGUGGACGUGGAUGUGGUUGUGGACGUGGAUGUGGUCGUGGACGUGGACGUCGACGUGGACGUGGACCUGGACGUGGUCGUUGACGUGGUCUUGGUGGACGUGGACGUGGACGUGGACGUGGAGGACGUGGACGUGGACGUGGACAUGGUCGUGGACUUGGACGUGGACGUGGACGUGGUGGUGGACGUGGACGUAGACGUGGACGUGGACGUGGACGUGGUCGUGGACGUGGACGUAAACGUGGACGUGGUCGUGGACGUGGACGUGGACGUUCUGGACGUGGACGUUCUGGACGUGGACGUUGUCGUGGACGUGGACGUGGUCGUGGACGUGGUCGCGGACGUGGUGGACGUGGACGUGGAGGACGUGGACGUGGACGUGGAGGACGUGGACGUGGACUUGGUUGUGGACGUGGUCGUGGACGUGGACGUGGACGUGGACUUGGACGUGGACGUGGACGUGGACGUGGUCGUGGUCGUGGACGUGGACGUGGUCGUGGACGUGGAUGUGGACGUGGUCGUGGACGUGGUCGUGGACAUGGACAUGGACUUGGACGUGGACGUGGACGUGGACGUGGACGUGGUCGUGGACGUGGACGUGGACGUGGACGUGGUCGUGGACGUGGACGUGGACAUGGACGUGGUCGUGGACGUGGACCUGGACGUGGACCUGGACCUGGACGUGGUCGCGGACGUGGUCGUGGACGUGGACGUGGAUGUAGACGUGGAUCAGGACGUGGUCGUGGACGUGGACGUGGAGGUGGACACGGACAUGGACGUGGACGUGGUCAUGGACGUGGUCGUGGACGUGGACGUGGACGUGGACGUGGACCUGGACGUGGACCUGGACGUAGACGUGGACGUGGAUGUGGACGUUGACAUCGACGUGGACGUGGACGUGGACGUGGGCGUGGACGUGGACGUUGAGGUGGUCGUGGACGUGGUCGUGGACGUGGACGUGGACGUGGACGUGGACGUGGACGUGGGCGUGGACGUGGACGUGGGCGUGGACGUGGGCGUGGUCGUGGACGUGGAGGUGGACGUCGACGUGGACGUGGACGUGGACGUGGACGUGGUCGUGGACGUGGUCUUGGACGUGGACGUGGACGUGGACGUGGUCGUGGAUGUGGAGAUGGACGUGAACGUGGACGUGGACGUAGACCUGGACCUGGACGAGGACCUGGACGUGGACGUGGACGUGGGCGUGGAGGUGGAGGUGGACGUGGAGGUGGACGUGGAGGUGGACAUGGACGUGGACGUGGACCUGGACGUGGACGUGGACGUGGACGUCCACGUGGACGUGGGCGUGGACGUGGACGUGGGCGUGGACGUGGGCGUGGACGUGGACGUGGACGAAGACGUGGACGUGGAGUUGGACAUGGACGUGGACAUGGACGUGGACGUGGACGUGGACGUGAACGUGGACGUGGUCGUGGUCGUGGACGUGGUCGUGGACGUUGACGUGGACGUGGACGUGGACGUGGACGUGGACGUGGACGUGGACGUGGACGUGGUCGUGGACGUGGUCGUGGACGUGGACGUGGACGUGGACGUAGACGUGGUCGUUGACGUGGGCGUGGACGUGGUCGUGGACGUGGACGUGGACGUGGACAUGGAGGUGGACGUGGACGUGGACGUGGUCGUGGACGUGGUCGUGGAGGUGGACGUGGACGUAGACGUGGACGUGGACAUGGACGUGGAGGUGGCCGGGGACGUGGACAUGGACAUGGACGUGGACGUGGACGUGGACGUGGUCGUGGACGUGGUCGUGGUCGUGGACGUGGUCGUGGACGUGGACUUGGACGUGGACGUGGACUUGGACGUAGACGUGGACGUGGACGUGGACGUGGAGGUGGACGUGGUCAUGGAGGUGGACAUGGUCGUGGACGUAGUGGACAUGGACGUGGACGUGGACGUGGACGUGGUCGUGGACGUGGACGUGCACGUGGUCAUGGACGUGGACGUGGACGUGGACGUGGACAUGGACCUGGACGUGGUCGUUGACGUGGUCGUGGACGUGGACAUGGACUUGGACGUGGACGUGGACGUGGACGUGGAGGACGUGGACGUGGACGUGGAGGACGACGUGGAAGUGGACGUGGUCGUGGAGGUGGACGUGGACGUGGACGAGGACGUGGACGUGGACGUGGACGUGGACGUGGAUGUGGUCGUGGACGUGGACGUGGUCGUGGACGUGGACGUCGACGUGGACGUGGACCUGGACGUGGUCGUUGACGUGGUCUUGGUGGACGUGGACGUGGACAUGGAGGACGUGGACGUGGACAUGGUCGUGGACUUGGACGUGGAAGUGGACGUGGUGGUGGACGUGGACGUGGACGUGGACGUGGACGUGGUCGUGGACGUGGACGUAAACGUGGACGUGGUCGUGGACAUGGACGUGGACGUUCUGGACGUGGACGUUCUGGACGUGGACGUUGUCGUGGACGUGGACGUGGUCGUGGAAGUGGUCGUGGACGUGGUGGACGUGGACGUGGAGGACGUGGACGUGGACGUGGAGGACGUGGACGUGGACUUGGUUGUGGACGUGGUCGUGGACGUGGACGUGGACGUGGACUUGGACGUGGACGUGGACGUGGACAUAGACGUGGUCGUGGACGUGGUGGACGUGGACGUGGACGUGGAGGACGUGGACGUGGAGGACGUGGACGUGGACGUGGUUGUGGACGUGGACGUGGUCGUGGACGUGGACGUGGUCAUGGACAUGGACGUGGACGUGGGCGCAGACGUCGAGGUGGUCGUGGACAUGGACGUGGACGUGGUCGUGGACGUGGUCGUGGACAUGGACAUGGACAUGGACUUGGACGUGGACGUGGACGUGGUCGUGGACGUGGACGUGGACGUGGACAUGGACGUGGUCGUGGAUGUGGACCUGGACGUGGACCUGGACCUGGACGUGGUCGUGGACGUGGUCGUGGACGUGGACGUGGAUCUAGACGUGGAUCAGGACGUGGUCGUGGACGUGGACGUGGAUCUAGACGUGGAUCAGGACGUGGUCGUGGACGUGGACGUGGAGGUGGACCUGAACGUGGACGUGGACGUGGAUACGGACGUGGACGUGGACGUGGACGUGGACAUGGACGUCCACGUGGACGUGGGCGUGGACCUGGACGUGGGCGUGGACGUGGACGUAGGCGUGGACGUGGACAUGGACGUGGACGUGGAUGUGGAGCUGGACAUGGACGUGGACAUGGACGUGGACGUGGACGUGGACGUGGUCGUGGACGUGGUCAUGGUCGUGGACGUGGUCGUGGACGUUGACGUGGACGUGGACGUGGACGUGGAGGUGGACAUGGACGUAGUCGUAGACGUGGUCGUGGACGUGGACGUGGACGUGGACAUGGUCGUUGACGUGGUCGUAGACGUAGACGUGGACGUAGACGUAGACGUGGACUUGGACGUGGUCGUGGACGUGGACGUGGUCGUGGACGUGGACGUGGACGUGGACAUGGACGUUGUCGUGGACGUGGUCGUGGACGUGGACAUGGAGGUGGACGUGGACGUGGUCGUGGACGUGGACGUGGACGUGGACCUGGACGUGGACGUGGACCUGGACGUGGACGUGGACGUGGACGUGAAGGUGGACGUGGACGUGGUCGUGGACGUGGACGUGGACGUGGUCGUGGACCUGGACGUGGUCGUGGACGUGGACGUGGACGUGGACGUGGACGUGGACGUGGACAUGGACGUGGACGUGGACGUGGACAUGGACGUGGACGUGGACGUGGACUUGGACGUGGACGUGGACGUGGACGUGGAGGUGGACGUGGACGUGGUCGUGGACGUGGACCUGGACGUGGACCUGGACGUGGACGUGGACGUGGACCUGGACGUGGACCUGGACGUGGACGUGGAUGUGGACGUGGACGUGGACGUGGUCGUGGACGUGGACUUGGACGUGGACGUGGACUUGGACGUAGACGUGGACGUGGACGUGGACGUGGAGGUGGACGUGGUCAUGGAGGUGGACAUGGUCGUGGACGUAGUGGACGUGGACGUGAACGUGGACGUAGUCGUGGACGUGGACGUGGAUGUGGUCGUGGACGUGGACGUGGACAUGGACGUGGACAUGGACCUGGACGUGGUCGUUGACGUGGUCGUGGACGUGGACGUGGACGUGGACGAGGACCUGGACGUGGACGUGGACGUGGACGUGGAUGUGGUUGUGGACGUGGAUGUGGUCGUGGACGUGGACGUCGACGUGGACGUGGACCUGGACGUGGUCGUUGACGUGGUCUUGGUGGACGUGGACGUGGACGUGGACGUGGAGGACGUGGACGUGGACGUGGACAUGGUCGUGGACUUGGACGUGGACGUGGACGUGGUGGUGGACGUGGACGUAGACGUGGACGUGGACGUGGUCGUGGACGUGGACGUAAACGUGGACGUGGUCGUGGACGUGGACGUGGACGUUCUGGACGUGGACGUUCUGGACGUGGACGUUGUCGUGGACGUGGACGUGGUCGUGGACGUGGUCGUGGACGUGGUGGACGUGGACGUGGAGGACGUGGACGUGGACGUGGAGGACGUGGACGUGGACUUGGUUGUGGACGUGGUUGUGGACGUGGACGUGGACGUGGACUUGGACGUGGACGUGGACGUGGACGUGGUCGUGGACGUGGUGGACGUGGACGUGGACGUGGAGGACGUGGUCGUGGACGUGGACGUGGUCGUGGACGUGGAUGUGGACGUGGUCGUGGACGUGGUCGUGGACAUGGACAUGGACUUGGACGUGGACGUGGACGUGGACGUGGACGUGGUCGUGGACGUGGACGUGGACGUGGACGUGGUCGUGGACGUGGACGUGGACAUGGACGUGGUCGUGGACGUGGACCUGGACGUGGACCUGGACCUGGACGUGGUCGCGGACGUGGUCGUGGACGUGGACGUGGAUGAAGACGUGGAUCAGGACGUGGUCGUGGACGUGGACGUGGAGGUGGACACGGACAUGGACGUGGACGUGGUCAUGGACGUGGUCGUGGACGUGGACGUGGACGUGGACGUGGACCUGGACGUGGACCUGGACGUAGACGUGGACGUGGAUGUGGACGUUGACAUCGACGUGGACGUGGACGUGGACGUGGGCGUGGACGUGGACGUUGAGGUGGUCCUGGACGUGGUCGUGGACGUGGACGUGGACGUGGACGUGGACGUGGACGUGGGCGUGGACGUGGACGUAGGCGUGGACGUGGGCGUGGUCGUGGACGUGGACGUGGACGUCGACGUGGACGUGGACGUGGACGUGGACGUGGACGUGGUCGUGGACGUGGUCUUGGACGUGGACGUGGACGUGGACGUGGUCGUGGACGUGGUCUUGGACGUGGACGUGGACGUGGACGUGGUCGUGGAUGUGGAGAUGGACGUGAACGUGGACGUGGACGUAGACCUGGACCUGGACGAGGACCUGGACGUGGACGUGGACGUGGGCGUGGAGGUGGAGGUGGACGUGGAGGUGGACGUGGAGGUGGACAUGGACGUGGACGUGGACCUGGACGUGGACGUGGACGUGGACGUCCACGUGGACGUGGGCGUGGACGUGGACGUGGGCGUGGACGUGGGCGUGGACGUGGACGUGGACGAAGACGUGGACGUGGAGUUGGACAUGGACGUGGACAUGGACGUGGACGUGGACGUGGACGUGAUCGUGGACGUGGUCGUGGUCGUGGACAUGGUCGUGGACGUUGACGUGGACGUGGACGUGGACGUGGACGUGGACGUGGACGUGGACGUGGACGUGGUCGUGGACGUGGUUGUGGACGUGGACGUGGACGUGGACGUAGACGUGGUCGUUGACGUGGACGUGGACGUGGUCGUGGACGUGGACGUGGACGUGGACGUGGAGGUGGACGUGGACGUGGACGUGGUCGUGGACGUGGUCGUGGAGGUGGACGUGGACGUAGACGUGGACGUGGACGUGGACGUGGAGGUGGCCGGGGACGUGGACAUGGACAUGGACGUGGACGUGGACGUGGACGUGGUCGUGGACGUGGUCGUGGUCGUGGACGUGGUCGUGGACGUGGACUUGGACGUGGACGUGGACUUGGACGUAGACGUGGACGUGGACGUGGACGUGGAGGUGGACGUGGUCAUGGAGGUGGACAUGGUCGUGGACGUAGUGGACAUGGACGUGGACGUGGACGUGGACGUGGUCGUGGACGUGGACGUGGACGUGGUCAUGGACGUGGACGUGGACGUGGACAUGGACCUGGACGUGGUCGUUGACGUGGACGUGGAAGUGGACGUGGUCGUGGAGGUGGACGUGGACGUGGACGAGGACGUGGACGUGGACGUGGACGUGGACGUGGAUGUGGUCGUGGACGUGGACGUUGUCGUGGACGUGGACGUCGACUUGGACGUGGACCUGGACGUGGUCGUUGACGUGGUCUUGGUGGAUUUGGACGUGGACAUGGAGGACGUGGACGUGGACGUGGACAUGGUCGUGGACUUGGACGUGGAAGUGGACGUGGUGGUGGACGUGGACGUGGACGUGGACGUGGUCGUGGACGUGGACGUAAACGUGGACGUGGUCGUGGACGUGGACGUGGACGUUCUGGACGUGGACGUUCUGGACGUGGACGUUGUCGUGGACGUGGACGUGGUCGUGGACGUGGUCGUGGACGUGGUGGACAUGGACGUGGAGGACGUGGACGUGGACGUGGAGGACGUGGACGUGGACUUGGUUGUGGACGUGGUCGUGGACGUGGACGUGGACGUGGACUUGGACGUGGACGUGGACGUGGACAUAGACGUGGUCGGGGACGUGGUGGACGUGGACGUGGACGUGGAGGACGUGGACGUGGAGGACGUGGACGUGGACGUGGUCGUGGACGUGGACGUGGUCGUGGACGUGGACGUGGUCAUGGACGUGGACGUGGACGUGGGCGCAGACGUCGAGGUGGUCGUGGACGUGGACGUGGACGUGGUCGUGGACGUGGUCGUGGACAUGGACAUGGACUUGGACGUGGACGUGGACGUGGACGUGGUCGUGGACGUGGACCUGGACGUGGACCUGGACCUGGACGUGGUCGUGGACGUGGUCGUGGACGUGGACGUGGAUCUAGACGUGGAUCAGGACGUGGUCGUGGACGUGGACGUGGAUCUAGACGUGGAUCAGGACGUGGUCGUGGACGUGGACGUGGAGGUGGACGUGAACGUGGACGUGGACGUGGAUACGGACGUGGACGUGGACGUGGUCAUGGACGUGGUCGUGGACGUGGACGUGGACGUGGACGUGGACCUGGACGUGGACCUGGACGUAGACGUGGACGUGGAUGUGGACGUUGACGUGGACGUGGACGUGGACGUGGACGUGGGCGUCGACGUGGACGUUGAGGUGGUCCUGGACGUGGUCGUGGACGUGGACGUGGACGUGGACGUCGACGUGGACAUGGACGUCCACGUGGACGUGGGCGUGGACCUGGACGUGGGCGUGGACGUGGACGUAGGCGUGGACGUGGACAUGGACGUGGACGUGGACGUGGAGCUGGACAUGGACGUGGACAUGGACGUGGACGUGGACGUGGACGUGGUCGUGGACGUGGUCAUGGUCGUGGACGUGGUCGUGGACGUUGACGUGGACGUGGACGUGGAGGUGGACGUGGACGUUGUCGUAGACGUGGUCGUGGUCGUGGACGUGAACGUGGACAUGGUCGUUGACGUGGUCGUAGACGUAGACGUGGACGUAGACGUAGACGUGGACUUGGACGUGGUCGUGGACGUGGACGUGGUCGUGGACGUGGACGUGGACGUGGACAUGGACGUUGUCGUGGACGUGGUCGUGGACGUGGACGUGGACGUGGAGGUGGACGUGGACGUGGUCGUGGACGUGGACGUGGACGUGGACUUGGACGUGGACGUGGACCUGGACGUGGACGUGGACGUGGACGUGGACGUGGACGUGGACGUGGACGUGGUCGUGGACGUGGACGUGGACGUGGUCGUGGACCUGGACGUGGUCGUGGACGUGGACGUGGACGUGGACGUGGACGUGGACAUGGACUUGGACGUGGACGUGGACAUGGACAUGGACGUGGACGUGGACUUGGACGUGGACGUGGACGUGGAGGUGGACGUGGACGUGGUCGUGGACGUGGACCUGGACGUGGACCUGGACGUGGACGUAGACGUGGGCGUGGACGUGGACGUGGAGGUGGACGUGGGCGUGGUAGUGGACGUGGACGUGGACGUGGACGUGGACCUGGUCGUGGACGUGGACGUGGAUGUGGACGUGGUCCUGGACGUGGACGUGGACGUGGACGUGGUCGUGGACGUGGACGUGGACGUGGUCGUGGACGUGGACGUUGACGUGUACGUGGACGUGGACCUGAACGUGGACGUGGACGUGGACGUAGACGUGGACGUGGACGUGGACUUGGACGUGCACGUGGACGUGGACGUGGACCUGGACGUGGACGUGGACAUGGACGUGGUCCUGGACGUGGUCGUGGACAUGGAUGUGGACCUGGACGUGGACGUGGACGUGGACGUGGUCGUGGACGUGGACGUGGACGUGGACGUGUACGUGGACGUGGUCGUGGACGUGGACCUGGACGUGGACGUGGACGUGGACGUGGUCGUGGACGUGGACGUGGACGUGGUCGUGGACGUGUACGUGGACGUGGACGUGGACGUGGACGUGGACGUGGAGAACGUGGACGUGAACGUGGAGGACGUAGACGUGGACGUGGACAUGGACGUGGACGUGGAGGACGUGGACCUGGACGUGGAGGAUGUGGACAUGGACGUGGACGUGGUCGUGGACGUGGACGUGGUCGUGGACGUGGACGUGGACGUGGUCGUGGACGUGGACGUGGACGUGGACGUGGAGGUGGAGGUGGACGUGGAGGUGGAGGUGGACGUGGACGUAAACGUGGACGUGGACCUGGACGUGGACGUGGACGUCGACGUGGACGUGGACGUCGACGUGGACGUGGGCGUGGACUUGGACGUGGGCGUGGACGUGGACGUGGACGUGGACGUGGACCAAGACGUGGACGUGGACGUGGACGUGGUCGUGGACGUGGUCGUGGACGUGGACGUGGACGUGGACGUGGAGGUGGACGUGAACGUGGACGUGGACGUGGUCGUGGACGUGGUCGUGGUCGUGGACGUGGACGUGGACGUGGUCGUUGACGUGGACGUGGACGUGGACGUGGUCGUGGACAUGGACAUGGACGUGGACGUGGACCUGGAGGUGGAGGUGGACGUGGACGUUGGCCUGGACAUGGACGUGGAGGUGGACGUGGACGUGGACGUGGACAUGGACGUGGACGUGGACGUGAACGUGGUCGUGGACGUGGUCGUGGACGUGGACGUGGACGUGAACGUGGUCGUGGACCUGGACGUGGUCGUGGACGUGGACGUGGACCUGGACGUGGACGUGGACGUGGACGUGGACGUUGAGGACUUGGACGUGGACGUGGACGUGGACGUGGACGUGGACGUGGACGUGGUCGUGGACGUGGACGUGGACGUGGACGUGGACGUGGACGUGGUCGUGGACGUGGACGUGGACAUGGACGUGGACGUGGACAUCGACGUGGACGUGGACGUGGACGUGGACGUGGACGUGGACGUGGACGUGGACGUGGACGUGGACGUGCACGUGGACGUGGACGUGGACCUGGACGUGGACGUGGAUGUGGACGUGGACGUGGACGUGGACAUGGACGUGGACGUGGACGUGGACGUGGUCGUGGACGUGGUCGUGGUCGUGGACGUGGACGUGGACGUGGACCUGGACGUGGACGUGGACAUGGACGUGGACGUGGGCAUGGACGUGGACGUGGAGGUGGACGUGGGCGUGGUAGUGGACGUGGACGUGGACGUGGACCUGGUCGUGGACGUGGACGUGGACGUGGACGUGGUCCUGGACAUGGACGUGGACGUGGACGUGGACGUGGUCGUGGACGUUGACGUGGACGUGGACGUGGUCAUGGACGUGGACGUUGACGUGUACGUGGACGUGGACCUGAACGUGGACGUGGACGUGCACAUGCACGUGGACGUGGAUGUGGACCUGGACGUGGACUUGGGCGUGGACGUGGACGUGGACGUGGACGUGGUCGUGGACGUGGUCGUGGACGUGGACGUGGUCGUGGACGUGGUCGUGGACGUGGACGUGGUCGUGGACGUGGACAUGGACGUGGACAUGGACUUGGACGUGGACGUGGACGUGGACGUGGACGUGGUCGUGGACGUGGACGUGGACAUGGACGUGGUCCUGGACGUGGACGUGGACAUGGACGUGGACCUGGACGUGGACGUGGACAUGGACGUGGUCGUGGACGUGGACGUGGACGUGGUCGUGGACGUGUACGUGGACGUGGACUUGGACGUGGACGUGGACGUGGACGUGGACGUGAUCGUGGACGUGCUCGUGGACGUGGACGUGGACGUGGACGUGGUCGUGGACGUCGACGUCGACGUCGACGUGGUCGUGGACGUGGACGUGGACGUGGAGAACGUGGACGUGAACGUGGAGGACGUAGACGUGGACGCGGACAUGGACGUGGACGUGGAGGACGUGGACCUGGACGUGGAGGACGUGGACGGGGACGUGGACGUGGACGUGGUCGUGGACGUGGACGUGGACCUGGACGUGGACGUGGACGUGGACGUAGACGUGGGCGUGGACGUGGACGUGGAGGUGGACGUGGGCGUGGUCGUGGACGUUGACGUGGACGUGGACGUGGACGUGGACCUGGUCGUGGUCGUGGACGUGGACGUGGACGUGGACGUGGUCGUGGACGUGGACGUGGACGUGGGCGUGGACGUGCACGUGGACGUGGAGGACGUGAACGUGGACGUGGAGGACGUCGACGUGGACGUGGACGUGGACGUGGAGGACGUGGACCUGGACGUGGAGGACAUGGACGACGUGGACGUGGACGUGGUCGUGGACGUGGACGUGGACGUGGUCGUGGACGUGGACGUGGACGUGGUCGUGGACGUGGACGAGGUCGUGGAUGUGGACGUGGACGUGGACGUGGACAUGUACUUGGAGGAGGUGGACGUGGACGUGGAGGACGUGGACGUGGACGUUGUCGUGGACGUGGACCUGGACGUGGACCUGGACGUAGACGGGGACGUGGAUGUGGACGUUGACGUGGACGUGGGCGUGGACAUGGACGUGGACGUGGUCCUGGACGUGGUCGUGGACGUGGACGUGGACCAGGACGUGGACGUGGACGUAGACGUGGAUGUGGACGUGGUCGUGGACGUGGACGUGGUCGUGGACGUGGACGUGGAUGUGGACGUGGUCGUGGACGUGGACGUUGACUUGGACGUGGACGUGGACGUGGACGUGGACGUGGUCGUGGACGUGGACGUGGACUUGGACGUGGACGUGGAUGUGGUCGUGGACCUGGACGUGGACGUGGACGUGGUCGUGGACGUGGUCGUGGACGUGGACGUGGACGUGGACGUGGUCGUGGACGUGGACGUGGUCGUGGACCUCGACGUGGACGUGGACGUGGUCGUGGACAUGGUCGUGGACGUGGACGUGGACGUGGUCGUGGACGUGGCCAUGGACGUGGUCGUGGACGUGGAGGUGGACGUGGACGUGGACGUGGACGUGGUCGUGGACGUGGACGUGGACGUGGAGGUGGACGUGGACCUGGACGUGGACCUGGACGUGGACGUGGGCGUGGACGUGGACCUGGACGUGGACUUGGACGUGGACCUGGACCUGGACGUGGACUUGGACGUGGACAUGGAUGUGGACGUGGACGUGGACGUGGACGUAGACGUGGACGUGGACCUGGUCGUGGACGUGGACGUGGUCGUGGACGUGGUCGUGCUCGUGGACGUUGACGUGGACGUGGACGUGGACGUGGAGGUGGACGUGGACGUGGAAGUGGACGUGGUCGUGGACGUGGUCGUGGUCAUGGACGUGGACGUGGACGAAGACGUGGACGUGGACGUGGUCGUGGUCGUGGACAUGGACGUGGUCGUGGACGGGUUCGUGGACGUGGACGCGGACGUGGACGUGGACGUGGACGUGGACGCGGACGUGGACGUGGACGGGGUCGUGGACGUGGACGCGGACGUGGACGUGGACGUGGUUGGGGACGCGGACGUGGACGUGGACUUGGACGCGGACGUGGACGGGGACGUGGACGUGGUCGGGGACGUGGACGUGGACGUGGACGUGGACCUGGACGGGGACGUGGACGUGGACGUGGUCGUGGACGUGGACGUGGACGUGGACGUGGACGUGGACGUGGACGUGGUCGUGGACGUGGUCGUGGUCGUGGACGUGGACGUGGUCGUGGACGUGGACGUGGACGUUGACGUGGUCGUGGACGUGGACGUGGACGUGGUCGUGGACGUGGACGUGGUCGUGGUCGUGGUCGUGGACGUGGUCGUGGACGUGGACGUGGUCGUGGACGUGGUCGUGGACCUGGAUGUGGUUGAGGACGUGGACGUGGUCGUGGACGUGGUCGUGGAGGUGGACGUGGACGUGGACUUGGACGUGGACGUGGAUGUGGAUGUGGACGUGGACGUGGACGUGGACGUGGACGUGGACUUGGACGUGGACGUGGACGUGGACGUGGACGUGGUCUUGGACGUGGACGUGGACGUGGUCGUGGUCGUGGACGUGGACGUCGACGUGGACGUGGUCGUGGUCGUGGACGUGGGCGUGGACUUGGACGUGGACGUGGACGUGGACGUGGUCGUGGACGUGGACGUGGACGUGGACGUGGACGUGGUCGUGGUCGUGGACUUGGACGUCGACGUGGACGUGGACGUGGACGUGGACUUGGACGUGGACGUGGACGUGGACUUGGACGUGGACGUGGACGUGGACGUGGUCGUGGUCGUGGUCGUGGACGUGGACGUGGACGUGGACGUGGACGUGGACGCGGACGUGGUCGUGGUCGUGGUCGUGGACGUGGACGCGGACGUGGACGCGGACGUGGACGCGGACGUGGACGCGGACGUGGACGCGGACGUGGACGCAGAUGUGGACGUGGUCAUGGACCUAGUGGACGUGGACGUGGACGUGGAAGUGGACGUGGACGUGGUCGUGGACGUGGUCGUGGACGUGGUCGUGGAGGUGGUCGUGGACGUGGACGUGGACGUGGACGUGGACGUGGACGUGGAUGUGGACGUGGACGUGGACGUGGAGGUGGACGUGGACGUGGACUUGGACGUGGACGUGGACGUGGACGUGGACGUGGUCGUGGACGUGGACGUGGACGUGGACGUGGACGUGGUCGUGGUCGUGGACUUGGACGUCGACGUGGACGUGGACGUGGACGUGGACUUGGACGUGGACGUGGACGUGGACUUGGACGUGGACGUGGACGUGGACGUGGACGUGGUCGUGGUCGUGGUCGUGGACGUGGACGUGGACGUGGACGUGGACGCGGACGUGGUCGUGGUCGUGGACGUGGACGCGGACGUGGACGCGGACGUGGACGCGGACGUGGACGCGGACGUGGACGCGGACGUGGACGCGGACGUGGACGCGGACGUGGACGCGGACGCGCGGACGUGGACGUGGACGUGGACGUGGGGUCGACGUGGACGUGGGCGUGGACGUGAACGUGGCGUCAACGUGGACGUGGGCGUGGACGUGGGCGUGGACGUGGACCUGGACGUGGACGUGGACGUGGAUGUGGACGUGGACGUGGACGUGGAGGUGGACGUGGACGUGGACUUGGACGUGGACGUGGACGUGGACGUGGUCGUGGACGUGGACGUGGACGUGGACGUGGACGUGGACUUGGACGUGGACGUGGACGUGGACGUGGACGUGGUCGUGGUCGUGGUCGUGGACGUGGACGUGGACGUGGACGUGGACGUGGACGCGGACGUGGUCGUGGUCGUGGUCGUGGACGUGGACGCGGACGUGGACGCGGACAUGGACGCGGACGUGGACGCGGACGUGGACGCGGACGUGGACGCGGACGUGGACGCGGAUGUGGACGCGGACGCGCGGACGUGGACGUGGACGUGGACGUGGGGUCGACGUGGACGUGGGCGUGGACGUGAACGUGGCGUCAACGUGGACGUGGGCGUGGACGUGGACCUGGACGUGGACGUGGACAUGGACAUGGACGUGGACGUGGUCGUGGACGUGGACGUGGUCGUGGACGUUGAUGUGAAUGUGCACGUGGACGUGGACGUGGACGUGGUCGUGGACGUGGACGUGGACGUGGACGUGGACGUGGACGUGGUCGUGGACGUGGACGUGGACGUGGACGUGGACGUGGACGUGGUCGUGGACGUGGACGUGGACGUGGUCGUGGACGUGGACGUGGACGUGGUCGUGGUCGUGGACGUGGACGUGGUCGUGGACGUGGACGUGGACGUGGACGUGGUCGUGGUCGUGGACGUGGAUGUGGUCGUGGUCGUGGACGUGGACGUGGUCGUGGACGUGGACGUGGACGUGGACGUUGACGUGGUCGUGGACGUGGACGUGGACGUGGACGUGGACGUGGACGUGGACGUGGACGUGGUCGUGGUCGUGGACGUGGACGUGGUCGUGGACGUGGACGUGGACGUGGACGUGGACGUGGUCCUGGACGUGGUCGUGGACGUGGUCGUGGUCGUGGACGUGGUCGUGGACGUGAACGUGGACGUGGAAGUGGACGUGGUCGUGGACGUGCACGUGGACGCGGACGCAGACGUGGACGUGGACGCGGACGCGGACGUUGACGUGGACGUGGUCGUGGACGUGGACGUGGACGUGGACGCGGACGUGGACGUGGACGUGGACGCGGACGUGGACGCGGACGUGGUGGACGUGGUCGUGGACGCGGACUUGGACGUGGACGUGGACGUGGACGGGGACGUGGACGGGGACGUGGACGUGGACGUGGACGUGGUCGUGGACCUGGACGUGGACGUGGACGUGGUUGUGGACCUGGACGUGGACGUGGACGUGGACGUGGACGUGGUCCUGGACGUGGUCGUGGACGUGGACGUGGACGUGGACUUGGACGUGGUCGUGGACUUGGUCGUGGACGUGGACCUGGACGUGGACGUCGACGUGGACGUGGUUGUGGACGUGGUCGUGGACGUGGACGUCGACGUGGACGUGGACGUGGACGUGGUCGUGGACGUGGUCGUGGACGUGGUCGUGGACGUGGACUUGGACGUGGUCGUGGACGUGGUCGUGGACGUGGACGUGGACGUGGACGUGGUCGUGGUCGUGGACGUGGACGUGGUCGUGGACGUGGACGUGGACGUGGUCGUGGACGUGGACGUGGACGUGGACGUGGACCUUGACGUGGACGUGGACCUGGACGUGGUCGUGGACCUGGACGUGGCCGUGGACGUGGACGUGGACCUGGUCGUGGACGUCGACGUGGACGUGGACGUGGUCGUGGACGUGGUCGUGGACGUGGACGUGGCCGUGGACGUGGACCUGGACGUGGACGUGGUCGUGGACAUGGACCUGGACGUGGACGUGGUCGUGGACGUGGACGUGGACGUGGCCGUGGACGUGGACGUGGACGUGGACGUGGACGUGGACGUGGACGUGGACGUGGACGUGGUCGUGGACGUGGACGUGGUCGUGGACGUGGACGUGGUCGUGGACGUGGACGUGGUCGUGGACGUGGUCGUGGACGUGGACGUGGACGUGGACGUGGACGUGGACGUGGUCGUGGACGUGGUCGUGGACGUGGACGUGGACGCGGACGUGGACGUGGACGCGGACGCGGACGUGGACGCGGUCGUGGAUGUGGACGUGGACGUGGACGCGGACUUGGACGUGGACGUGGACGUGGACUUGGACGUGGACGUGGACGUGGACUUGGACGUGGACGUGGACGCGGACUUGGUCGUGGACGUGGACGCGGACGCGGACGUGGACGUGGACGUGGUCGUGGACGUGGACGUGGACACGGACGUGGACGUGGUCGUGGACGUGGACGCGGACGUGGACGUGGAAGUGGACGUGGACGCGGAAGUGGACGUGGACGCGGACGUGGACGUGGACGUGGACGUGGACGUGGACGUGGACGUGGACGUGGACGUGGUCGUGGACGUGGACGUGGACGUGGACGUGGACGCGGACGUGGACGCGGACGUGGACGUGGUCGUGGACGUGGUCGUGGUCGUGGUCGUAGACGUGGACGUGGUCGUGGACGUGGACGUGGACGUGGUCGUGGACGUGGACGUGGACGUGGACGGGGACGUGGACGUGGACGUGGACCUGGACGUGGACGUGGACGUGGACGUGGUCGUGGUCGUGGACGUGGACGUGGACGUGGACGUGGUCCUGGACGUGGUCGUGGACGUGGACGUGGACUUGGAAGUGGACGUGGACGUGGACGUGGAGGUGGACGUGGAGGUGGACAUGGACGUGGACGUCGACGUGGACGUGGACGUGGAGGUGGACGUGGACGUGGACAUGGACGUGGACGUCGACGUCGACGUGGACGUGGAGGUGGACGUGGACGUGGGCGUGGACGUGGGCGUGGACGUGGACGUGGACGUGGACGUGGACUUGGACGUCGACGUGGACGUGGACGUGGUCGUGGACGUGGACGUGAACGUGGACGUGGACCUGGACGUGGACUUGGAUGUGGACAUGGACGUGGACGUGGACGUGGACGUGGAGGUGGAGGUGGACGUAGACGUGGACGUGGACGUGGUCGUGGUC